CCUCCGCCUCCACCUCCGCCCCUGCCGACGGCGCCUUCCCAGACUCCUCUCCGGGUAAACAGCGAUGGCCGCAGAUGAAGGAGGCGGAGACCAGGAUAACAACAUGGGAAACCACUUGCAGAUCCUCCCGGCCGAGAGUGAGGAAGAGGAUGACGUUGAAAUGGAAGUUGAAGAUCCCGACGGCAUGGAUGCUGAAAAGCCAAACAUCAUUAAUUUUGACACUAGCCUGCCAACCUCUCAUGUGUAUUUAGGAUCAGAUAUGGAGGAAUUUCAUGGAAGGACUGUCCAUGAUGAUGAUAGCUGUCAAACAAUUCCAGUUUUACCCCAUGUUAUGGUAAUGCUGAUUCCUGGGCAAACAUUACCUCUUCAGCUUUUUCGUCCCCAAGAGGUCAGCAUGGUUCGGAACUUAAUACAAAGAGACAGAACCUUUGCUGUUCUUGCAUACAGCAACAUACUUGAAAGAGAAGCACAUUUUGGAACAACAGCUGAAAUUUAUGCCUAUCGGGAAGAACAGAAAUAUGGAAUUGAAACCGUCAAAGUAAAAGCUGUGGGAAGGCAGCGGUUUAAAGUACUUGAACUGAGAACUCAAGCUGAUGGCCUACAACAGGCCAAAGUGCAAAUCCUUCCUGAGCGUGUGCUUCCUUCAACUAUGUCUGCAGUGCAGCUGGAAUCCCGCAGCAGAUGUCACAUUUUUCCUUGUCCUAAGCCUGCAACAUGGCAGGAUCAACAGAUACAUCAAUGGCGACAGAAAUACCAAAAGCGCAAGUUUAACUGUGCUAGUCUGACUUCCUGGCCAUCGUGGUUGUAUUCUUUAUACGAUGCUGAAACCUUGAUGGAACGAGUCAAGCAACAGCUUCAUGAGUGGGAUGAAAAUCUUAAAGAUGAAUCCCUUCCAGAAAACCCAAUAGAUUUUUCAUAUAGAGUUGCAGCAUGCCUACCAAUUGAUGAUGUUUUGCGAAUUCAGCUGCUUAAAAUUGGUAGUGCUGUUCAGCGACUGCGCUGUGAACUAGACAUUAUGAACAAAUGUACCUCUCUUUGCUGUAAGCAUUGCCAAGAUACAGAAAUAACUACUAAAAAUGAAAUAUUCAGUUUAUCCCUAUGUGGACCUAUGGCAGCCUAUGUGAAUCCUCAUGGCUAUGUGCAUGAGACCCUUACUGUCUACAAGGCCAGCAAUUUGAAUCUGAAUGGCGGAUCUUCCACAGACCACAGCUGGUUUCCUGGAUACGCAUGGACUAUAGCUCAGUGUAAGAUCUGUGGAAGCCAUAUGGGUUGGAAGUUUACUGCCACCAAGACGGAGUUGUCGCCUCAAAAAUUCUGGGGAUUGACCCGUUCUGCUUUGCUGCCAAGAAUUCCAGAAAAAGAGAACGAAUCUGGGCAAGAAAGAUCUCUACUGCUUUGCCUUUGAUCUGGGCAUCUUUACACAGAACAAACUAAAAGCAGUUUGUGUCUUGAAGAGAAAAGUAUUAAAAUCCGCCUCUGGGAUCUAUCUGUUCAUAUAUUUGAACUUCACAAAAAAGGCACUGUUGUUUCCGAAGGCCCUGAAAAAUUUAAUAUUUUGAAGAUGUACAGAAUGCAAAACGGAACAUGAGAAAACGCAGGCAGUUUCAUGUUUUCUGGCAUGUGCCGAAUUGAACAGUUCAGAUUUACAGGUGCUCUUUAAUAAUGUAAGAAGACAUCUAGCGUUGUUGAGGAGCUAAAAGCUGAGUAGAAGUGACAUGAAGACUAUAUAACUUAAAAGUGUGCGUAAUGAUAGCUAUAACCUAUUGCCCGCUGUUUUAAGGUAUUUUCCUGUAGAUUGUGGUGAAUUUACUAGAAUACCUGUUUGCUACCUGUAUGAAAUAGUUUACAGGUACUAGCAUUUGCUUCAAUAAGCCUUAAAAAGACAAAGAGACCCAGUCUUCUCAAAGGAGUGUUCAGCUGCCUAAGAUCAGACUCUAGCUACUGUAGAAGCACGCAUUGAAGCCUGCUGCUCAGAGAAUCUAUGGAAUGCAGCUCUUUGGUUAAAAUGAAAUCCAGCCAGGCUGUUUGUGUUUGCUUUAUCUCCUUUACAGGAUUUUCACUCAUUUGGCAUUUUCAGACUUCCUUUUUUUAAAAAAGUAGAAAUAUAGGAUAGUUGUUUAUGCCUCUAGCAGCAUAAUAAAGGAUAUGAUUCUUUCGAGAUUGAAUCUCUCCAGUACAUUUCAGUUAAUCAUAUCACAAAAGUUUGUAAUUUAAACGUUUUGAAGCAUUAUGUAUCUUUUUACAUGUCUUAGGGACUUGGCAUCGCAGCUGUUCAUAAGCUAUAUAUUUGGUAUUGGAGAGCAGCAGACAGCUUACUACUCUUUGUAAUUUCUUAUCUGAACCUGAGGGAUUGUGGAGUAAUAAUGCUUCCGAUAGAAACUUUGUUUUCAGGAGAUAUUAUAGAAAUAGGUGCCAAAAAAGAAGGAAUAAAGAUUUAAUGUUUUUUUUUUUCAGAAUGCACUUCAGUAAAUCCACAGGUAUCAGAUUUGUUUCAUAGGAAUAUGUAGUGAGCUUGUUAAUAAUAUGUGUUGAGUUACCUCGCUGAAAUAAAAACUUUGCUGAAACAUUUUGGUAAUUUCAUACAUACCCAUCACAUUUCCUUGUAAGUUGUUAUUUUGAAGCAAACAUCUAACUUUAAAGAUGGCAUUUAUUGUAUAAGUUGAAAAGAUAUGCCCUCAAUGAAAUUGAGUUUGACACCCCUGGGUUGGGCCUUUAUAUCAAAAUGGCAACAAAUAAAGGCCAGAGAUUGAAGUUAUACUUAAAUUUUAUGCGAUUUAAGUUUAAUAUGAGUUUAAGCAAGGCUUUCUAAAAAAAAAAUACUUGGACCCUCAUAUAAUUUAUUGAGAUCAUGAAUAAGUAAUUUUUCAAUUUUUAGUUAAUGUUGACUAUUAUGUGUCUUACCUCAGUUUGUGAUAGAUUUAAGAUUAAUAAACUAAUAGCAUAUUCUAAUUAUUAAGCAAGCAUGAGUUCAAGUUAUUGCAAAGUAACUGCAUCUUGCUAUUGUGAAAUUGGCUGUUGUCUUCCCAAUUAAUUCUGCAGGGCAUAUGCUUUACAGUUUCAAUAUAGAGCCAUUAAAUGGGUCUCUCUUAUCAACUCAGUUUCUCUGUUUUAUAUGUAUUGUGGGAUUUCCAAAAAUUAGAGGAAAGGGGAGAAAAUGGAAAUUAAAGGUGUUUAAACAGAUAAUAAAAUAAAAUGAAUUGUU